GGAUUAGCGACUGCGUGUAAGCCGCUCAUGUGCAACUUCGCCUAAGCUCAUCCCUAAAGUACACAGACACCCCUUCACUCGUCUUCUUCCUUCCUCCCUCUUCCUCUCUCCUUUUCUUUCUUUCCUUGUAAUUUAUAAGAAGAAAAAAAAAAUGAGAUUUGGAAAGGUCAAUAGAUUUUUCGCGCAAUUCGCUCGCCAAAGUGUUGCGAAUGAGCCUCCGCUUGGAGCCUCUGAUUUCAAGGCUGCUCCUCUGUUGCAAACACAUCGUCUGAAGCAUGGUCAAGGUGGAUCUGGAUCUGCUGGCUCAAAUUUUUUCAGAGCACUUGCACUUUUUGGUGCAGGAGCUUCAGGGCUUCUGAGCUGUGCAACAAUAGCAUAUGCUUCUGAUGAAGCCGAGCAUGGUUUAGAGUGUCCGAGCUAUCCAUGGCCUCACAAAGGCAUCCUUAGUUCGUAUGACCAUGCUUCGAUUCGACGGGGUCAUCAGGUUUAUCAGCAAGUUUGUGCGUCAUGCCACUCAAUGUCACUUAUUUCUUAUCGUGAUCUUGUUGGUGUGGCUUACACUGAGGAGGAAACUAAAGCUAUGGCUGCUGAGAUUGAAGUGGUUGAUGGCCCCAAUGAUGAGGGUGAGAUGUUUACUCGCCCAGGAAAGCUGAGUGAUCGUUUCCCACAGCCUUAUGCGAAUGAACAAGCUGCAAGGUUUGCAAAUGGAGGGGCCUAUCCUCCAGAUUUAAGUCUAAUCACUAAGGCCCGCCAUAAUGGUCAGAAUUAUGUUUUUGCUCUUCUAACUGGGUAUCGUGAUCCUCCAGCUGGCGUCUCGAUUCGAGAAGGGCUCCACUAUAAUCCUUACUUCCCUGGUGGAGCAAUUGCCAUGCCUAAAAUGCUUAACGAUGGUGCUGUUGAGUAUGAAGAUGGUACUCCUGCGACUGAAGCACAGAUGGGAAAAGACGUCGUAACAUUUUUGUCUUGGGCUUCUGAACCAGAAAUGGAAGAAAGAAAGCUGAUGGGUUUUAAGUGGAUUUUUGUAUUGUCACUUGCACUUCUGCAAGCAGGGUAUUAUAGACGCUUGAGAUGGUCGGUUCUCAAGUCGCGGAAGUUGGUCCUUGAUGUAGUCAACUGAGCCUCUGUACUUUUAUUGCACAAUGGGUUUGAGAUGAAAGAAUGAGCUAAUAAACAUUAGCAUUUUGUAAUAGGUCAUGGGUUGUCAUUCAAUACACUUUCACAACCUAUAUCAUUGCCCAGACUACGAGUAUCGUCUUCUGAGGAAAAAUAAAUUUUACUUGCAUGUGGUA